UUUUUGUCCUUUUUUGCCUUGUUUUUAACAAUGUAUAAAGUUUUAUAUAGUGUAAGCAUGUUGGUAAAUGUUGGUAUUCCAUUUGUUUAUGUUUUGUCUCUUCAAAUUUCAAGACUGUUUAUUAUUUAAAUCUUACUGCAGUCUAGCUGUGUAGGUGGGAUUUUCAUUUGCAUAGAUUUUUACAAGUUUUAUAUUCACAUUUAUUUUAGGCCUUUUUUUCUCUUUGUUUGUGAUGGCAAUUAUCUUUUCUGCGCUUGUGUUUUUCAGGUAGAAAUGGUGACCAAUGUGGUUUUCAAACUUUUGAUUUGUUAGGUUGAGAAUUGCAAUUGUCUUCACUAGGAGAUGUUACUGAGUCUGCUGUAGUGUUCAUUGUUUUAGUCUUGGGGAUGGAGGGGAGGCGGCAUUCUGUCGAUAUUCCUUUAUCCAGAACGUUGAUAGCGCUUAGGAGAGUGAGGUCUCUUCGUGAUCCAUCUACCAACUCCAUGAGCAAGUUGAAUGCCUUAGUUGAUAAUGUGAAUUGGGAGGCGUAUUCGAACGAUGCAAUCACUUUAGGAUUUGAAAACAGUUGCCACAGAGUGAGUGAGGGUGAUGAUGAUGAUGAUGGUCUAGGAUUAAGAAGCUCGACGUCGUUUAGGGGUGACCAUGAGCUAUAUUACGGUUCAAGAAAUUGUAAAUCGAGGCUUAUGUCUCCCCAAGAUUUAGGAGCCAUGGUUGGCAACAAAGGCUCUGCACACCGGAGGUCGUUGUGUGUUGAAGGGCCGGAUGCAGCACGCCCACUUGACCUCUCGAUGGUGUGUGACAGCAAAGCGUUGAGUGAGAGAUACUGCAAAGAUUAUGGUGACAAGUAUUUUGAGUUCACCAGUGCAACACCUUCAGGUGAUGGUGGGGCUUCAUGUAAUGAACCCGAUGAAGAAUUGAGGCAAGUCAAAAAGUGGCGUUUGGAGCUUGAUGUGAUGUCUAGAGGCACAGCUGCUGAUGGUCUAAGUUCUGCAGUGAGUCCGAGCUUGUCUGUUGGUGAUGCUCGAAAGGAACGGGCUAGUCAUGGAAUGUCGUUGUAUGCAAGUGAAGAUGUUGGUUUCAUGGAGUCCUGCCAUCAAGGAUGUGGCAUAGGCAGUUGUUGGUCAAGAGGUAGGAAAUUUAGAGAAGCUAGUCUUCUUCCUCAUGUCGAAGAACGGCCUCUUCUGUCAGAGGAUGCAACGGGGGUGCAGAGCAUCGACUCUAGGCACGAUUGUGAAGGGGUCAGUCCAUAUGUGGAAAGUCCAAGAAGCCUCUGCCAAAAGUUCAUGCCUAAAUCAUUUGGUGAAUUGAUAGGGCAAAACACAGUGGCUACCUCUCUAUUGGAUGCAAUCUCUAAGAGGCAGGUAGCUUCUUUAUACCUCUUCCACGGGCCACGUGGAACUGGUAAAACGUCGGGCUCAAGGAUCUUCGCUGCUGCAUUGAAUUGCCUCUCUCCCGACACUACAAGACCAUGCGGCGUGUGCAAGGAAUGUGGUUUGUUCUUUUCGGGUAGGAGCAGUGACGUGAAAGAAGUGGAUUCAGUGAGAAUCAACAAAGUGGAGAGGUGUUGGUUGCUCAUGAAGAAUGCUCGGCUCCCUCCUGUUUUCUCGCGGUUUAAGGUUUACAUCAUUGACGAGUGCCACCUUUUGCAGCGUGAAACGUGGGCAGCUAUUCUGAACGGCCUUGAGGAGAUCCCUCGACACGUUGUCUUCAUAAUGGUCACUCCUAAUCUUGAUAAGCUCCCACGCUGUACUCUAACAAAGUCCCAAAAAUACCAUUUUCAGAAGGUGAAGGAGGUUGACAUCACCAGCAAGUUGGGGAAAAUAUGUGUUCAAGAAGGUCUUGAGUUUGAUGAGGAUGCUUUGAACUUCAUAGCAACGAAAUCAAAUGGCUCGCUGCGUGAUGCAGAGAUGAUGCUCGAUCAACUGAGCUUGCUCGGAAAGAAGAUAACCGUUUCAUUGGUUCACGAAGUAAGUGGAGUCGUUUCUGAUGAUGAAUUGCUCGAUUUGCUGUAUCUGGCAAUGUCGUCUGAUGCCUCAAACACUGUUAGAAAGGCCAGAGAGCUAAUGGGUUCGAGAAUAGAUCCGUUGCAGCUCACAUCUCAGCUGGCAAGCCUCAUCAUGGACAUUCUUGCUGGAAAGUGUCCCUCCGAUGGAGUUUCGGAGAAGAGAAGGAAGCUUUUCGGAACAGAUAACUCUGAAGAUGACAUGAGGCAACUCAGUCACGCUCUAAAAAUACUGUCUCAAACUGAGAAACAGUUGAGGAUGUCAAACAACCAGAUGACAUGGCUGACUGUGGCUCUCCUCCAGCUGAGCUCUACAGCCACUUCAAACGAGGGGAGCGAUCCAAGGUUAAGCACGCGCUCAUUGCUCCCACAUGAUGGUGAUUUCCCGAGCUCAUCAUCAACGGGCGACAGUUUCAAGCGCUCCAUUGGAUGUGCUUGUGUGGAUGCUGAGUCUGCAAACACGGGCGCCAAGUAUGACAAGGAGACUCUGGAUUUGGUCUUGAUACGAGCUGCUGAAAUGUGCUCGUCUAGGUCCAUCAAGAAGUUCCUCCUCAAACGGGGGCGCUUGGCCUCUGUCCGCCUCACCCGAGGGAUAGCAGUGACAGAAGUUGCGUUUGAUCACCCCGACCACGCGUCUAGAGCUGAGAAGUCGUGGAAGGAGAUUGCUGGCGCGCUCCAGCAUAUACUGGGCUACAACGUGGAGCUCAGGAUAAACUCCGCUCAUGAUCAUGACUCCAGCAGAGAUGGGAAGUGGAAGAAACCGUGCCUCGGGUUGUUCAACUGCUCGCGCAGAGUGCCUUUUAGGUCCGGUAGCAAUGCUGAUUCGACUGUGAGAACCAGGGAUAAGUACGUGGAGACGUGCUCCACCGAGUGUAGUUCUCGGAUCUCGUGCUCUUGUUGCCACAGGAAGGAGCUGUUCAAGACCAUUCGGAGCAGCGAGGGAAACGCUUUGAGCAUUGAAGCUGGAGCUCAUCAAGAAUGCCGGACUUCAUGUAAACCACGUUCAAAGGAGCACUCGAGGUUUCAUUGCUGGAGAGCUGCCACAUUUCCUUUCCGGAAGGCAUGGCAGCUGCGGCAUCACCACCGCCACGAAGGGCUCGUCGACUACGCCCUGCACUGCGCCGCUGCAAAGUGACUUACCUUAGCAGCCAUUGCUGCUGCAGAUGAUGGCCAUGAAGAAAUAUUUUGACAUGUUUCGUAUGAUAAGCUACUCUUGUAGCAAGAAAUCUAACAAAGAAAGAAUGUAGCUAGGUAUCUUAAUCCAUGCAACAAUUGUACAACAAUGUCUAUUAUCUUCGCUUUUCUUAGAAAUCUCAUUCAAAAAGUUUAGAAUCGAAUAUAUAAAUUUAUCUUACAAUGCAUUAGUAUUAAUGAAUGGGUUUAUCAAGUAUUUACCCAAGUCCAUCUAGAUUUUAAGUCUACAAAAUA